AUGACUAAUAUUUUAGCUCGAUUGGUAGAGCAGCAGGGUCAAACCCCUGUCAAUCAACCUAGGGACCCUGAAAUAGGGGAAGAUAGGACCCUAAAGCGGUUUCAAAAGUUUUCACCUCCCAAGUUUCUUGGAGGGCCAGACUCGGAGUUAGUGGUGAGAUGGCUGGAAAUAAUGAUAAAUAUUUUCGCCGCCUUGAAUUAUAUGGAGGAUAGGCAGGUGAAUUUUUCUAUAUUUCAAUUUGAAGGACCAACCAGAGCCUGGUGGAAUGUGAUUAGGGCUAAGUGGGAAAGAAAGUGGAUAACAUGGACUUGGUUGAACUUUGUGCGAGAGUUUAACGAGAAAUAUCUUCCACUAAUAGUCCAGGAGAAAAGGGAGGAUGAUUUCAUUAGGCUACUUCCGGGAGGCUUAAGUCUAUCUGAAUAUGAGACUCAGUUCACCAAGUUAUCUAAGUUUGCUCCUGAAUUGAUAGUUGCAGAGCAGAGGAGUGUGAGGAGGUUUGUACAGGGGUUAAAUGUAGAAAUACAAGAGGCUUUGGCGGCGGCACAAAUUAAUACUUUUACGGAGGUUUUUAAGAAAGCCCAGUGGAUAGAAAUUGCAAGGACACAGGUGAAGGCUUUUCAUGCAAGAAAGAAAGGUGUGUCUAGUGGAGACUGUGACAGCCCCACCUCCCCCUAA